AUGAUGCAAUCAAAUUGCCUCCUCCUCCUCCUCUCCCUCUUUCUCUUUGCUACCCUCCUCGCCGACGGCGAACGUUUGUGUGAUGGCGAACUUGUGUGUACAGUCGAGCGGGCUGACAUCAACGACUCCCGCGUGAAAGAAAUGGCAGAGUUCGCUGUGUCCGAGUUCAAUAAGACAUCCCGGAAUAAAGAGUUGGUGUUCCAGAAUGUGGUCAGCGGCCUUGUUCAGCUAGUACAGGGACUCAGGUAUACACUUGUCAUUGCGGUUAGGGAUGAGUCCUUGCCUUCUAGCCCAAUUCUGAAUUAUGAGGCUUGCGUUCUUGAGGUCCCUUGGAUGAACUCCACGACGCUGGAUUCAUUCCGCCAAGUUUACUAUGACACCGUCAUUAAAGUUUCCGAAAUUGAUCGCUCAAAGCUUCCAUAUUGA